AUGCCUCUAUAUGCAAAUCCUAUUGCUGACGGCAACCAAGAGCCUCAACUAUCGAAAGCACCACAAGCAUGUAUGUCCUGUCGGAAGCAAAAACGAAAAUGUAGCAAAACUCUGCCAGCUUGCGCGUUGUGCCAGCGUAUGAGCCGACCGUGCGACUAUUCCGAAUCAGCCCCGCCACCAACCUCAGAAGACUUUCAGGCAAUGCGGAAUAAGGUAGCAGAGCUUGAAUCGAGGCUCAGUGAUAGGAAUUCAGGUGUUAUGCAAGUAUAUGAAACGCCUAUCAACAAUCAGACCGGACAGAAUUCACACCUACCACAAAUAAAUUAUUACCCUGCCCGGGACUUCCCUUGGACCGGAACAUCAAAUAAGUUUCCUGGUAUCAUAUUCCUACAUAGUUAUGCCUUCAGGAACAGCGGGAUAUCAAUUCCUCGGCCAGCCUUUGAAACGCCUCCUGAUGUGCUUGAAAUCCUGGGAGGUGGAUCAAAUAUUCAAGCGAUUGUAACUAAUUAUUUCGCUACAGUUCAUCUAUGGAUGCCAAUCGUUUCCAGAUCUAAAUUUACCAUUAACUUGACGACUCCCUCAUGGGAAGUUGGCCCAGAACUAGCUUUGCUGUUCCUAUGCAUGAAACUUAUUACUUCUAAGCCGACUGAUGGAUAUGAAUGUGCACAGAACUACAUCUACUUAGCGGCAAAGCGAUGCAUAAUCCUCAUGGAAUCCAACGGCUUGAUAUCAUUUCUCGCACUACAGGCCAACAUACUUAUCACACUAUAUGAAUAUAGCCAUGCCAUUUAUCCUGCAGCUUGGAUGUCAUCAGGCUGGUCCGUCCGUUAUGGUAAUAUGCUUGGCAUAAAUGGAGACAAGGCAGCUACAGACCUUCUCGGAAAACCUAAUAACUGGGCUGACGACGAAGAACGACGGCGGACCUGGUGGGGUGUACUUUUAGUUGACAGGAUAAUUUCAAUUGGAAACAUGGGAUAUAUAAUCAACUCACAAGAACCUAAGGAAGAAGAUAUUCUCUUUGACGAUUCUGCUUGGGAAUCAGAAGAAAUUUUCGACACACCCGAAAUUGUUGAUCUUGCGCCAAGCACGGAACGAGUUGCUCCAUUCGCACGUUUGUGUCAAGCAUCACUUUUAAUGGGUCAAGUAAUGGCACAUCACAAAGCGGAAAUUGCUUCCGAUUCGGCUCGCUACGCACUAGCCUCUGAUUUAUAUGCUGAUAUCUCUGAUUUGGCAUGCAAAAUAACUGCCGAGGCGACUAAUCCUAAAGACUUUUUCAGAGUAAUAUCCCCUUUAGCACUAACCUACAGCUCACUUUGUUAUUUGUGUAAUCCAUAUUAUUGCCUUAGAAAUACGACAAAUCAGGAACAAAAACAAAUGCAAGCACGUGCUUCAGACGGCCUCAAGACUAUUGCUAUUAGCAUCAUUGAUUUUGUUGAUAAGAUAAAUGCGACCACACCGGCUAUUCAAGAUUUAGAUCGUGUUAGCCCCCUAAUUAUGGAUGGAAUAUACUCUGGUGCUUUAACUCUCGCUUGGCUAACCAGAGAAAAUGGCGAUGAAAUUUGUCAAGCUGGCCUUGAGUCAGUGCGACAAUGUCUUAGAAAACUGAGUAGCAGGUGGCGAAAUGCUGCGGAAUACACAGGAAUUCUCUAG